UUUAGUGUCAUCCUGGCUGCGUAACGUGACGCAUCGCGCAACCCGACCAACCUGCUCCCCACACUUGUCUUUUAUAAAUAUUUUUUCCCCCCUUUACUUUUCGCUCUCUCUCUCUCUCUCUCUCUCUCUUUCUCUCUCUCUCUCUCUCCUUCCGCGAUCUGUAAACCGGCGAGGAAUAAAACGCCGGUGAAUCAUGGACCCUGGCCAAGAGCAACAGUAAACUGCAACCGCGAAAAGAUUUUCGCGUACGAGAUAAUUAGACGAGGGACCCGAUUUCUGAUAGACAAAGAGAAUAAGAGGAAGAAAGAGAGAGAGAGAGAGAGAGAGAGAGAGAGAGAGAGAGAGAGAGAGAGAGAAAGAGACAUUAAAGAGCCGCAUCUUUUUACCGAGUCGCGCUGAACGCACGUGACUCUUUGACGUUUCGCGUUGGCAAGGACGACCGUGUUAAGAGAGACCACGGCCACCAAACGUUCCGCCACGCGCUUCUCACCUUCACGUUCCUGUGUGAGCCCGUCGCGAUACUAUACUGAUACCACCAUGUGGUCCAUAGAACCGGGCAGCUUCACCUCCAACGGGAGCAUGAUCGUCGUGAGCAACAGGUUGCCAUUUGUGCUUAAGAGGAACGAGAUAACCGGUCAGUUGGAACGCAAAGCCAGCGCUGGUGGUCUGGUAACCGCGGUAGCGCCUGUUGUUAUAAACGGAAAUGGAGUGUGGGUCGGAUGGCCAGGUAUGCACAUGGAAAAUCCGAAUGAGCCAAUUCCCGAAUCAGAUCCCAACGAUCGCACGCCGACGGCUGGUCUAUUAUCGCGUAAGGUAGUAGCGGUUCACGUUGAUGCCGGCAUCUUUGACUCGUAUUACAACGGAUGCUGCAAUGGAACCUUCUGGCCUCUCUUCCAUUCUAUGCCUGAUCGAGCGACUUUCAUCGCGGAACAUUGGCGCGCGUAUUCCGCGGUCAACGAACAGUUCGCCGCGAAGACAGUUGGUGCAUUGGAACAAAUUCAUAAGGAACAAGAGAACCAGCAGAACGGUACGCCAUUGGUAUGGGUCCACGAUUAUCAUUUGAUGUUGGCCGCUAAUUGGAUCAGACAGGCGGCCGAAGAGAAGAAUCUCAAGCUUAAAUUAGGUUUCUUCCUUCACAUACCCUUUCCUCCAUGGGAUAUCUUCAGACUGUUCCCGUGGGCCGACGAAAUCCUGCAGGGUAUGCUGGGAUGCGACAUGGUGGGUUUCCACAUUCAAGAUUAUUGCCUGAACUUCGUCGAUUGCUGCCAGAGGUGUCUCGGUUGCAGAGUGGAUCGUAAAAAUCUAUUGGUUGAACACGGUGGUAGAACGGUGCGAGUAAGACCGCUGCCUAUCGGUAUACCAUUCGAUAGGUUCGUUUCAUUGGCAGAGACCGCAACAAAAGUCAUGCAGUCGAAUCAGAAGAUCGUCCUCGGCGUCGAUCGACUCGAUUAUACGAAGGGCCUGGUUCACAGAUUGAAAGCUUUCGAGAUGCUGUUGGAGAAACAUCCCGAGCAUCGCGAACAGGUGACGAUGCUUCAAAUCGCAGUACCCUCACGUACGGACGUCCGCGAGUAUCAGGAUUUGAAACUCGAGAUGGAUCAACUGAUCGGCUGCAUAAACGGUCGCUUCACAACACCCAAUUGGUCGCCCAUACGUUACAUUUACGGCUGCGUGAGUCAGGACGAGCUAGCGGCGUUCUACAGGGAUGCUGCCGUCGCUCUCGUCACACCACUCCGGGACGGUAUGAAUUUAGUCGCCAAGGAAUUCGUUGCCUGUCAAAUCAAUACACCGCCGGGUGUGCUGAUAGUGUCGCCUUUCGCUGGAGCCGGCGAAAUGAUGCAUGAAGCUUUGAUUUGCAAUCCUUAUGAGAUCGACGAGGCCGCAGAGGUGAUUCACAGAGCGCUCACCAUGCCCGAGGACGAACGCACAUUAAGAAUGAAUCACUUACGUCGGCGUGAGAGAAUAUAUGAUGUUAACUACUGGAUGAAGUCCUUCCUUCAGGUCAUGGGAUCUCUCGAGGAGCACGACUCCGUGGGCGCUACUACAAUGCAGCCCGUGACUAUGGAUGAUUUCGACGAUUAUUUGAGCAAGUACAUCGGAGAUAAUCAUAAAUUGGCGCUUUUGCUGGAUUACGACGGUACGUUGGCGCCCAUCGCCACGCAUCCCGAUCUGGCGAUCUUACCGCUCGAAACGAAGAAUGUCUUGCAAAGGUUGUCGAAUAUGUCAGAUGUUUACAUCGCAAUUAUAUCAGGCAGAAACGUGAUCAAUGUAAAAUCGAUGGUCGGAAUAGAGGGUAUCACGUAUGCCGGCAAUCAUGGGCUGGAGAUCCUACAUCCGGACGGCAGCAAGUUCGUCCAUCCAAUGCCUGCCGAAUUAGAGGACAAGGUGGCCAGUUUGAUGCAAACGCUUCAAGAACAGCUCUGCAGAGACGGUGCUUGGGUCGAAAAUAAAGGUGCGCUUCUCACGUUCCAUUAUCGUGAAACUCCGAUGGAGAGUCGUCCCAGGAUGGUCGAUCAGGCUAAACGACUUAUCGAAGGUGCUGGAUUCAAGGCCUGUACAGCUCAUUGCGCCAUCGAGGCGAAACCACCGGUCGAAUGGAAUAAAGGACGUGCUUCUAUUUACAUCUUGCGCACGGCAUUUGGUCUAGAUUGGAGCGAGCGUAUUAGAAUUAUAUAUGCUGGCGAUGAUGUUACGGACGAGGAUGCGAUGAAGGCAUUGAAAGGUAUGGCGGCGACUUUCCGCGUGGCAUCAUCGCAUAUCAUUCGCACGUCUGCGGAGAGACGUUUGCCCAGUACGGAUUCGGUUCUGACGAUGUUGAAGUGGGUCGAGAGGCAUCUCAGCAGGCGCAAACCUCGCAACAGCAUCGACAUCCCGGGCAUCCCAUCACGAUUUCGACGCGGCAGUGGUGGUAUUACGAUGGAAAUGUCUUACACCCCGCCAAAAACACCUCUUGAAUCAUAGGUGAUGCUCAAAUGUUUCCUUUAUCAGGUAUAUGUGGCGUGAUAUAUAUCUAUCAUAGGAUUAUAAUGUACUCGUAGCGUAAAGUCAGCUAACAUAGAUGAAGGAGUAAGAGAUAAUAAAAUCGCAGCUGAAAAGAAAUUAACGAGGCCUACACCUAAAUUUCAUGUUGAGUAUAGGUAUUAAAAAUCAAAAAGUCCAAAGAAACGAAAUGAUUCUUCUUAAUUGAGAAGUGUAGUAACAAUGUUAUAUUACCAAUAGAGUCUCUAAUGCGGAGUUUAAGAAAUAUGAAGAAUCAAAUCAUUACGUUGACUCUCUAGCUUUGUCGAUGUAUUUUCUGAUCGGUUAGACCCUAGCCCGAGAAAAAUAUUGAACUCGUGUACAUUACGAUGUUUUCCAUGCGACUAAAACUUCUAUUUUGGCUCUAUAACAGAAAGAUGUAUAUAUUAUAUAUCUAUAUUUUCGAUGUAAUCUUACCGAAUUUAUAAUUGUAUCACAUGGAACACGAUACGUAUGUUUCUCCACAAAGAUAUAGCAUUUAAAUACUUAGUUUUUAAGUUCGCGUCGCUCAGAAAAAGAUAAUUCGGCAGAUAACACUGAAUCCCGCAUACUAUCUUUAUUAGUUGCGUUUUAUCUUGUUAAUGAUUUCUAUCGGUAGCAUAGCAAUGACGAAAGAAUACUUCUUAAGAUAAUACUUAUGAAGUAUGUUUUUCUUUGCAAAUGUUUUACUUAAUUUAUUUGUUUUUUUUUCCUCUUUCUCUUCCUUAUUGAUUUAAUAACGUUCCGAUUACACACAUAUUACAAAUAUUAAUCAUUAAAUUUUUUUGGCUAAACAUAACAGUAAGGAUUUUUUAUUGGAUUCUAUAAUUUCUCUGAGAAAAAUAAACGCAUCGCAGGAUAAGUGCAAGUUAUUUCUGAUAUUAAAACUAUACUCUCUGUUAAUCUAUAGUGAACGCGUAAAUUGUGGAAACGUAUGAUUUCGUGCGAGAGAGCAAGAAAAAAGCAAAAUCUAAAAAAAAAGUAAAAAAUAGAUUUAAAUUUAAAUUUUACACUUUUUGUAAGUAGAAUAAGAUAUACGAUGUAUGUAAAAAAAAGAGGUAAGAGAAGAUUGCUGGUAUUUAUACUGAUAUAAUUGCUUUUGUGCGAGUGAUAAUAAAUAGGAAACGGCUACGUUAAGAUCUAUGCCUUAAAAAAUAUGUGUCGCAUUUCUCCGUGCUGCCGGAUAAUACUGACUGAUACAAACUGAUACUGACUGGUACAAACUGGCAAAAUCGUGUAUCCGUCUCUUGUCACACGAGCUUGUUUUGAACUGAGAAACUUUACGAAAGUAACUCGUUAACAUCAUUAAUUGCACAAAACACAGUCCAAUAAGUCACAAUGGGGAGACAGGCGUCUUUGAAGAACGAAAUUUAGCAAUUUUAACAAAUUAUAAUUAAGCAAUGAUAGAUUUGUUAUGGGGUAAAAUUGUAUAUGAAAUUGUAAACCAAUAAUAUAUUAUUUAUUAAAAAUUACCUCGAACACCUUAUGAAAGGGGAUUGCUUUGGAUUGACGACAUUUUAUUCUUACCAUAUAGCUUCAUUUUAAAAACGGGCUUUUUCGUUUCCAUAAAGUGUCACGUUUUAUUCUACAAUUGCUUUCUUUUAUGUAGCUCCCCUGUAUUUACUUCUUUAAUCCGCUUAGCGUCCGGAACGUUCUUUUCAUCUGUCUUUUCACCUGCAACUCAGAAUCAUUUAUAAUCUAAAUUGAAAUUAGUCUGCUCAUUAAUAAGUUAAUUAUUGCUGGUUGUACCAUAGAGCAAAAGAGUUUAGCAGUUAAAAGAUCAAAUUGUGUAAUAUCUAAUGAGAGCGAUUAGCAAUUAAGUAUAUAGAUACAUAUAUCAACUAUAUCGGUAUCUCAAAGGCUUCAGUGCGUUGCACGAGCGCAGGUCAGAUUCUAUAAUCUCGUACUUUCGCCACUGUAUUUAUUAGUCAAUUAAAAUAAUCGUCGGUCAUUGGAUAAUGAACGAGACUGACGAUUUGGUAGACGAAAAAGAAGACGAAAUAAAAAACGGCAAUCAAUAUAAGGAAAAUGUAAGCAAAAUAUAAAUUAUCGUUACAUCGAGGAUAUACCUAUCGGUAUGCACAAUGUCAUCUCUGUUUAAAGAAUGUGUAGAAAAAAAAGUAUAUAUGUGUACAUAACGAGAUAUAUAUGUAUAAAUAUACGCGUACGCGCGUACAGAGUCCUACCACGUGCCCUUAAAAUAAAAAUCUCUAUCCUUUCCCCGACUCCUUAAAAAAAAAAGGAAAAAGAUAGAAAAAUAUUCUACAUUUUGUACUUACUACUUGAUUGGUUUUUACCUCGUUAUACCAUGUUACCACUGUAAAUGUGUAUGAAACAUAAAACGAAUCGCGCGAGAUAGUGCGCGGGUAAACGAUUAAAACUGUUUUGCUCCCGUCAUUGUCGAGCCGACACAAAAUACACAGUGCAGAAAUAAACGAUGUUUAUAAAU